AUGUCAAUUUAUAAUAACGAUUCUCAACCACCUAGAAAAGGUCCUGGAAGACCUCGAAAGAUUUCUCAACCACCUCCAUCAUCAAAAUCUAUUAAUAUCGAAGAUUCUUCACAACCACGCAAAAGAUUAAGAAUAUCUUUUAAAAAUGAUAAAACAAAUGAACCUUUAGAAGAAUUUCGUAAAAAACUUAUUUAUGAAAGAGUUGAUGAACUUUCAAAAUUAGUUGACAAACAUGAUCUUCUACUCAGAGAAUUAUAUUUUCAUGAAACAAAUAAACCACUUGAAGAUUUUGAUCCUGAAAAAGUUAAACAUGAUAAUAGUAUACCCAUAGAAAAGUACAUAACAGAUCCUGAACUAUGGAUUAAUGCAAAUGAUUUAAUCUCCGACAUUAUUCAUGAAAAUUUUCCUGAAUUGUCUACUGAAAAAAAAAUUUCUCAUCAUCAUUCUCAUCAUCAAAGUACUUCACAUAAAUCUAAUAGCUCAAAACGUAACGCAACAUUAUCAUCCAACCAUAAUCAUAGAGUAUCCAGGUCUAGUUCUAGCAGAAAUUAUGAUUCAAAUUCUGCUCUUUACUCACCACCACCACCAUCAUCAUCAAAUUUAUCAUCUUAUUCUCUUCGUCGUAAUAAUUUCCAAGUUACUCGAAUUCCUCAAUUUCCUCAUUUUGAUGAAUUUUUGAAUUCUUUUGUCACCUUAGAUGAUGAUAAAGAUGUGACCAUAGCAGAGGCUGAUUCAAGAGCCCAAAAAGAUGCUGACACUUUGUGGCUUAUAUUUCAAUUAGAGAGAGAGGGAAGAUCACUAAAAAUUCCUCCACCUCAUCCAGAAAUUCCACAUGUAACAUCAAAUUGGGACAUGAUUUUAAAUAGUAUUGAAAAACGAUCAAAAAUGAUAAAGAAAUAUUCUAAUGAAAGGAAUC